UAAUUUACUGUUCAUGGGCAUGGUAAGGUUAAAGGUCACACUAUAGGCACAGAACAAAAGCAACUGUCAAAGUAGGCAUUUUUGACAUAUCACUCAAUUUGUUUAUUAUUGUAUAUUCCAGAUGAUUCAUUUUCAGUUUUGAUUUUUAACAAAAAUGGCUCUUGGUUACAAGGAAUCCACUGCAAAGUUCCAAAGAAUCCCUUCCGAACCGUGCCCUCUCCCCUCUCUUGGUUCCGAUGAGGAAUCUUUCGUCGUCCUUGGCCAUUCGCUGAGCAGUCAGGAGAUCCUUAAUAGCGAAGAAAUAUUCACUCCUGUCGUGACGAACGUUAUAGAGGAAAGUAAACGGCUCUUAAACAACGAACUCUCGGCCUUGGAACAGUUGAGUUUGGGAGCGGAAGGAAAUGAUUGUUCCGUGGACAGUAUCGGGGGUUCCCAGAAAGGAAAUAAAGGACGAGAGGCUUUGCAGACCUCACAGGCCAAGUCGUUGGAGAAAUCUUCUUUGCCAGGAUUGACUCUUGAGGAAGGAAUAUGCGAGGAAUCCCAUAAUGUAAUAAGUUUGCCAACUAUAUCCACCGAGCUUUCACCCGAUGAGGUGCAGUCGAGAAUAUCACAAAUAAUUGAGGAAAAUAUGCAUUUGAAAGAUGUCCUUAUUCAGAACAACAUGAGCAUGAAGUCACAAAUCGAUCGGAUCGUAGCUUGGCAAGAAGACGUGCAGAAAGUUCACCAAGCACACAAAGAAAAGUUGAUCGAAGCUAAGAAAUGCAUCGAAAAAUUGAAGGACGAAUGCAUCGUUCACUGUCUGGAACUAUCCAACAUGGAGGAAAAGAUGGCCGAGCAGAAGAACCAGAUAUCCAAGCGUGACGGGGAGAUAAACAGACUGCAAUCCAUUCUGCGUGACAGAGAACACCAGUGUUACGAAAAUCUCGUGAGAACCACUGACAACAAUUUGAAGGAGUUUGAAGUGGAUGUUGCCAACAAGAAGAUCAAGGAGUUGGAAAUGGAACUGCAGCUUUCGAUAGCAGAACGUGAGAAUCUCUCUGCUGAAAAUUUGAGGUUGAAACAGUUGGCAAAAGAAAACGAAAAUGUCAUCAAGGAACUUGAAAAAAUUAAGGCGAGCGAAGAAGCUAUUGAAACGGUCCGGUGCAUGGCGGAGGAAAAAGAGAAUAAGUUCAAGGUUAUUAUAAAUGAGUUGCAAUCGAGGUUGCCACAGAUCGAAGAAGUGGCCAACAGUCGUGCCCAGCUCGCCAAUAUCCAGGUAGCUCUGACUCAAGCGGAACAGAGUAGAGCGGCAGCUUACUGUCAUAUCGCCCAAAUGAAUAACCGCAUGACUGAACAGGAUGUGGAAAUCACCAAUUUAAAACAAAAGGUUUCUGAACUGAACCAGCGAAAUAUAGAAUUGGAGUCUCAGGCCGCAAACAAAGAUGAGAUGUUUGCUUUACAAACCCAGCUGGAAGUAUUCAGAACCGAUUUUGAAGCCGAAAAAAGCGCCAAGGAGGUUAUUAAAGCCGAAAAAGAACGGCUGGUUGAAGAUUUGCAGAAUUUGCAGAGACGUAAUCAGCAGUUACAGGAAGAAAUCGAGAUGAUUCGUGAUAACCGAGAAUAUGUGGUGUACCCCUCGAACUCGAGAGAACGUACUACACCGAACCCACCUUUGGCUCCUCAGGAACAUGACUCUCCACCUCCCAGGAGAUAUGCAUGCCCUAUUUGCAGCUUACAAUACCGAUCUUUGAGGCUUUUGGAAGAUCAUGUUGAUAUGUGUGUUGGCCACAGAACCUGAUUAACGCGUUAUUUGAAAUGUCCAAAAUGUUUUUUCGGAUUUAGCACGCAGCAAGCGCUAGAAAAUCACGUUUACAGGUGCAUAGAAUUGGACGAUCAGUUGCCGUAGUGGAACUAUUAAUUUUAGUGAAGAUUAUGUUUACUACUCCUUAUAAUUAUGAUAUAUAAAGAAUAUACAUGUUUAAGUUUUAUUUUUUGAUCAAUAAAGUAAUGAGUUAAUUUCA